AUUAAAUCAGCACUCUCGACAACACCAUGCCGGCUUAGAAAAAACACGCUGAGAACAUCAAUCAUGACAGACUCCGAAAUGAAGGUGGCAAUAAUAACCGGUGGAGUUAGUGGCAUAGGACUCGAUGUUGUCCAGGCUCUCGCAGCAAGAGGAGGUUGGAGGAUCCACGUGUUCGACAUCAAAGACGACGCCAGCGGCCUCCCAUCGAACUGUUUCUAUCGAAAGGCCAACGUUGCUGCCUACAAUGAUCUCGCUGAAGCCUUCAAGGCCGCAUUUGACGCAGGCGGUCAGCGCCUGGACUUCGUGUUUGCCAACGCAGGCAUCUUUGACCGGGGCGACUGGUAUUCCGCACCCGACGGGCCCGACGGACCCGACAGGACACCGCCCGAACCAGACUGGUCAGCUUUGGAGACCAAUCUGAAGGGGUGCAUGAACACCGUCCGCAUUGGGAGACAUUAUAUGGCGCAGUCUCCAGGGCCUGACCGAGGCUCCAUCAUCGUCACUAGCAGUAUCGCCGGGAUCUGGCCGAGUUACUUCUCGCCCAUUUACACUGCUUCCAAACAUGGUGUCCUCGGCUUCAUGCGCACCGUCGCUGAAUGGUAUUACACCUCGGACGGGAUACGGGUGAAUGCCCUCUGCCCUAGUAUCGCCCGCACUGAGAUCCUACCCGAUGCUGUCUGGAACAAACUUCCCGAAGAUGCCUUCACGCCAUUGAAUGCUGUGACAAAAGUGGUUCUCAUGCUCCUUGACGGUGAAACUAUUACAGAUUCCAAUGGGAUCACAGCCACACGCGUCUAUGGCCAGGCAGUGGUAGCGAGCAGUGAUAAGAUCUAUCUGAACAACAUGCCGGACUUUUGUGAUGAUUUGCACCGCUCAGUGGUAGAAGGGACACAUGUGCGGCAUAUGAUCGGCUCUCGGGAAAGAGUCUGAUAUGAUGAUUGUGUGAAUGAACCGUCCGGAUGCACUUUAUGGCUGACUAGAGUUGGUAUUCCUUCGGUGGGGACAUUCGGCUGCAUGAACGC